UAGUGUACAGGAGUGAACUUUGACCAAACUGAUCUGAUGUCUCGCAUCCACACGGCCGGAUGAGCAGCAGAUUAUUGGCUUAAGUGUUUUUCACCACUCGUGUUCAUGUGCAGAAGAUGACUCGAAGACAUCACCAGAAUCUGAAAAGACCAAACACAGCAGGAAUAUCAGUCAAUAUGAGCUUCAGCAUUGAAGAAAGAGCUCAAGAAAACACACAAGAUUACAGAGUUUACUUUAAAAAUGCAGAAGGAAAAUAUAUAUCACCUUUCCAUGACAUCCCCAUCUACGCAGAUGAGCUUCAGGACAUCUUUCACGCUGUUAUUGAAGUUCCUAGAUGGACAAAUGCCAAAAUGGAGAUUGCCACUAAAGAUCCUCAUCCACUGAAGCAGGACAUAAAGAAAGGAAAUCUAUCUCAUAAGGGCUACAUCUGGAACUAUGGGGUGAUCCCUCAGACGUGGGAAGGUCCAGGAGACAGGGAUGGAGACACCAACUGCUGUGGAGACAAUGAUCCUAUAGACAUCUGUGACAUUGAUCAUAUGGCUCAGUCUGGUGGUUUCUCCAGCUUAUCGUGUUAUAACCCCAACUCUCUAGUCUGCCUAAAAGUUAUUAUAAAUGCAGAAGAGCCAGAGGCCAAAGACUUUCAUGAUAUCCAUGAUGUCCGCAGACUCAAGCCCGGCUAUCUGGAGCCCACACUUGAUUGGUUCAGAAUGUACAAAGUACCGGACGGAAAGCCAGAAAACCAAUUUGUCUUUGAUGGUACAUUGAAAAACAAAGAUUUCACUAUAAAAACAGUUAGAGAAACUCACAGUUUCUGGAAAGCUCUCAUCUCCAAAAAAACUCCUGCUGGAGAAAUCAGCUGCCUGAACACAUGUGUCACAGAAAGCCUGUUCCUCUGUUCCAGUACAGAUGCCAAAGCCAUCGUAGAUUCAGCACAUCCAUACGGCGAUGCAGAGCCGAUACCCAGCUCAGAUGAGAAACAUCUUCAUCAUCAUAACAGCACCUGUAACAGCUGUCAUAUUCACUCCCUAAUGAUAAACAGAUGUUGGAUUAUAAAGUCAUAUCUUACAUUUACUACUAUAUCGUUUGUAGUUUGUUUAUAGUUUCAUCUGCUUAUUUACAAACUAACAUUUCAUUUAAUUUAAUCUGUUUUGUUCUUUUUCUCUUUCUAGUUGAUAUAUGUUUCUAUUACAAACACUCAUAGAAGAUCAGCAGAAGAAACAGAAACAUGUUGUUUUAUUAGAGCACAAAUGAAACCAUCAAUACCUGACAGCGACACACCUCUGUGACAUCUCUCAUAUUAGUUGCUAAUAAACACAAAAAUACAUAAUAA